AUGCGAAGAUGGGCAAAGUCGGUGGCGCCUACAUUUAGAUUAGCGUCUUUCAGGCCAUCUGUCAUUCUUGAAUCUGCUGUGAUUACUCACACCACAUGUUGGCUCCAUUGGCUAAGAAGCUCUCAUGGAAGGCUAGCAUGUGAAUAUCGAGCCGCUCCUCCUCCAUCAGGCUCAAAUGGAGUGAUGGCGUGCGAAUAUCGAGCAAACCCCGUUUCAGUUCCACUGAGCGCGAUUCUUGCCGUUGCAAUUGGAGUGCCUGUGGUGUUGGUCCUGUGUCUAUUCGGUGCUGUAUGGCUACAAGAAGCUGGGAAUUUUGUGAAGAUCGCCACAGAACUGUGUACAAAAUUCCCCUAA